GACUGUCUUCCUUCCCAGCCUCCACGCAACCUCUGGUGCCAGGGAGAGAGAGUGGACCCGGGGCCUUGGGCAGAGGACCCAGGGCCAGCUCCUUGCCAGCCACUUAGAUCUCUCAGCAGCAAUCUGCUAUUACUCCCUCUUGGGCCCCAGGCAUGAAACUGCCCAAGGGGGCCAGGAACCCUGUGUUCUAUGGGCAGCACCCAGAGAAGAAGGUGCAGGUGCCCUCGAGGCAGGAGGUAAAGCAGACCCCUGUGGUCCUGGCAACCAUCAAAGGUCCCGGGCCUGCCAAGUACCUCCGGCCAUCCUGCACCGGCUACGUAGACCAUGAUAUCUCCAUGUUCCAGGAGCCGGCCUACACCCUGCACACCCGGCACUCGGAGAAGCGGAUUGUGGAGAUAUGCAGCCCUGGGCCUUGCUAUUUCUUGGAUCCUAAAGUAACUCGGUUUGGAAUGUCCAGCUGCCCUCAGGUUCCCAUGGCAGAGCGCAUCUCUAACCUGCGCCUGAGCUCCACCCCAGCCUCCUGCCAUUACCACUUGGAGAAGACCCCCCCACCUGGGGAACGCAGGGCUCCCCAGUACACCUUUGGCUCCCGGUGUCGGUACCGAGUGACGGAUCCCAAUCCGGGCCCCAAUCAGUACCAGCUGCCACUCCUGCUGGGGCCCAACCUGCCCGCCAACCGAGCUGCUCCUUGCUACAGCUUGGGCCCCUCAGACAAGAACUGGUUCUACAAGGAGAAUGUGGCAGGAGGGCCUGGACCAGCCAUGCACAUCCGACCUGAGCCAUCCAUCUACCAGAAUCGCGGCCCCAUCUACAGCAUGGCCAAGCGCUUUGCCUACCCAGUGGACCACAUGCCUCGACCGGGCCCUGGCUCCCAUGAGGUCCAGCAGGUCACGGUGCACAAGCCCCGCACGCCUGCUUUCAGCAUGGGCGUCAAGCACUCGCCCCACCUGUGCCCGCUGGUCAUUGAUAUUCACGACUGAGCCCCGUCCUGGGGCAUCCCCCCCACUGUCCCCAGAAGUUAUUUUUCUAUACCAAAUUGAGCAA